UUUGGUUUGCAAGAUGACAUUUCGUAUCCUGUACAAGCGUUGAUGGCACUGUCGCUUUAAGACGGGUGCUAACGUCACAAACCUGCGACAAAGGCCCGAGUAACGCGGACAUUGGCUUUGUAAACUCGGAGACAUUUUUAAGCCACUCGACCAUCCUUACACGAGCCACGGGCCGCAAAGCUGAAGCAUGCGCCGCGCGUUUAGCUCACGGUGGCUCAUCUCGAGCGUGUCCCUGACGGUCGGCGCCGGGAUCGGCGUUGCGCUGGCAGCAGCGUCCGACGCGCGCGGGUCACCCCCAAUCCCGGGCGGGCUCCUGCACCGCGUGCCGAUCAUUCCAGUGCCGAGCGUGCACGCGGCGUCGGAGCUCGCGCCGUACCCACGGGGUCCGUCAACGCCGAGCAGGUCCGCGGCGGCGGCGAAAUACGGGCUCCCCUCGCUUCCCCAUGUAACGUCGCGGGAGGGCUACGUCAUGUCCUACGACCCCAGAAACAGGACCGCCGCGUGGGUGAUCGAGCGGCUGAACGCGGAGACCGUGCGCGGCGCGUCGGAGCGAGGGGCGUGCGCGUUCCGAGAGGACGACUCGGUGCACGCGUACCACCGGGCCAGGAACGCCGAUUACAGGGGGAGUGGCUUCGACAGGGGCCACCUGGCCGCCGCGGCCAAUCACAAAUGGAGCCAGAAGGCUAUGGACGACACCUUCUACCUGAGUAACGUGGCGCCGCAGAAUCCACACCUAAACCAGAAUGCGUGGAACAAUCUAGAGAAGCACUGUCGCGCCCUCACCAAGCACUACGAGAACGUGUUCGUGUGCUCGGGACCCCUCUAUCUGCCCAGAGGUGCGAACGCGCAGUUCUUCAUCCCACGCUCGGUUUUCCUCAGGCAGGAGCCUGACGGGAAGAUGUACGUGAAGUAUCAGGUUAUCGGGAAGAGCCACGUGGCGGUGCCGACUCACUUCUUCAAGGUGGUGAUCCUGGAGACGCAGCGCGGCGGGGUGGAGUUGCGUCCCUACGUCAUGCCCAAUGCGCCGGUGGAUGACAAGAUCCCGCUGGAGCGCUUCCUCGUUCCCAUUGAGAGCAUCGAGAGAGCGUCGGGCCUGCUGUUCGUGCCCAACAUUCUGCACAACACCAGCAGCCUGCAGGCCAUUACUGCCCAUGCAUGACGAACUGCCCGCACACAACAGACACGGGGCUCGCGGGGGAGACGUGGAAGUCAAGCUUUAGUUAUUUACUGGCAGCACACCGUUUCAGUUCCUGUGCGAUUGCUUUUAGUCUGAAACUUUGAAAUGAUUGCACUUAAUGCCGACGAAAAAUCAUACACUGAAUGACGACUAAGGGGUGUAAGGUUUACUGCGCGAGUUUUCCUAACGGACACGUACGUCAGUAGCACAGUACGCAGCCCAAGUCAGGCGUUGUCGCUUGAGAGAAAGAUACAUAGUCAAGGUGUACUAAUGGGAGCAAAACCUUUGUGAAAAAUUACACUGUAAUUAAUAUAUUUAAUCGAAAUCUGUCGAUUGUGCUAUACUACUGUUAUAAUAAAGAGAAAAAAAGGUUUACAAAAAGGCUUUGUACGGUUUAUAUGGAACUAGUGUUGGGGAUUUCUCAUUUAUUUAGGUCAACUUACAGUACAACCUAUAGUAGGUGUAGCAAAGCAGAGAACUAGUAAGCACAAGGAUAAAAUAACACAAAGAGCAUCCUGUUAGCAACCUUAAGAUUUACAUUUACGCUGUCCCAACACCUUUUACACCUUUAUUUGCCACCAGUAACAGCCUGUUUAUACUUGACCAUUACAGUUCAGCAAAAAUGUUUUUCUGCUUGAUAUGUUUGUUGACUCAAAUGUAGUAACGCUGACAGACGUCAGCUUGUCAUCUCUUUCCAGAUAUAGUCUACCUUAAUUUAACAACCCGCAGCAACUAGAAACAUAGGACGAAUUUGGUCGGUUUAUUAAUUUGCCUAGUUUUAUUUAUUUAUCUAUAAUCAACAUAUGAGGAAAAGUAAAACCAGACCAUCAUACAAUUUCAUUUCUCCAUCACUUUACAUAAAACAACGCAUGUUAUUAUUCACGGAUUGGUGCCCGUUCUUGCAUAACUUUACCACUAGGUGGCACUCAAGGCGUUUCGGUCUCCAAACUCUUGAGAUUUUAAGGUCGACCAAGUGAUGUUUUCACUGUUCUUAAAUGGACUUGUAAUGAGGACCGAUCCCUGUUUUGUUUCAUAAUUUUCUACAAAUAAUAAUUUUUUUAUGGGCAGUGUUGCAAUGUAACAAAUAACAAUGGCAGAACCUUGAAAUAGCUAAAUAAAACUUUAAUAAUUCUA